UCAGCGAUGCAUCGGCGAUGCAGCGCGACGCUGUGACCCCAUCUAUUCGGACUCUAUUCAGGAGGCCUCUAUCUCCGCGGCGUGUUCUUGUUGUCCUUGGCUGGCGUUAAUGGAGUCGCUGACGAUCUACGGCCUCGUCAUGGCGUUGAUGUUUCUCUUCGCGAGCCCGCUCAUCAAGUGAUGAGGGUGCCGCUGCAAGGUCGGGUUCGAGGGGGACGGGUUCGCGUGCAAGAGCGUCGAGGUGAAUGCCGCGGCGCUCCUCACGGCACAGCCCAUCCUGGGCAUGAGGCUGUCCCGCGAGAUCCCGCCAGACGUGAGGGAAAUACACGUUGCAGUGUUAUCGCCGGUGCUCAUCGCUGUGGUGCUCCGCGACGCGUCUCUUGGCAACCAAGGCUACUUGGUCCCUGGGCGCGUGACAGAAACGCAGGUCUCCUGGGCCCCCUGGCAGAAUUUCACGGCCGAGAACACGUCUGCUUUCGGCCCCGUGAUCGCCGGCCUCCCCAACAAGGAUUUCUUGAUCGCCUACCGCGACCAGAACAAAGGCGGCGCAGGCUACCUGGUCGGAGGGCACUUGGACCUCACAGAGGCUGAUAUCGGCGAGCCAGUAUUGUUGUCGCGCGAGCAGUCGCAACGCAUGGUCAUCGUGCCGAUGGACAAGAACAACAUGGUGUGUUUGUACGCUGGUCGCCCGCAAGACGACCUGGCGGCCUGGGGCGAGAGGAACGAGAACUUACAGGAGUACUUCGGCGGCGCCGCCCUCGUCGAGGUUGGCCUGCGGGGGCGGCUGCGGCUGCUCGGCAAGUUCCGCUUCGCGCGCGACGAGCCCGUGACGCGCAUCGCCGCCACGGCCAUGUCGCCGACCUCCCUCGUGGUAGCUUACCGCACCCUGCCGACCUCGGACGAGCUGGGCUGGCCGUCUCGGGAGCUCGCGCUGAGGCGCGUAGAGAUGGUGGGCGAGGAGUUGGUGGUGGAUCAGCAGCCCUUCUACGUCGAGCCACAGCACGCGAAGAUGUGGUUUCGCGACGUGGCACAGCUGACCCAGAAUUUAUUUGCAUACUCAUACUACUCAGGCAAAGAGAACGAGACAAAGAUGACCAUAGUCAGGGUGGACCCGCUCUCGCACCGCAUGACCGUCGCGGGCGGCCCGGUCGUCUUGGCGAAGGGCAGCACCGCCUACGUGCAGUCAAUCCCACUGGCGUCCGGCAACGCGCCCCCCAAGUCGUUCACCUAUUUCCAGCAUCCGGGCGGCAACGGCAUGGCAGAGGUCUGCAGGAUUUCUUCGAAGGGCGUCCCCGACGGCUGCCGGAGCAUCAGGUGGGCGGACAACUCGUGGGCGGUGGUCAGCGGCGCCCGUCUGCAGGAUGGGCGUCUCGUGUUCGUCGCCUCGAACGAAGCUGGCAAGCCUUUUUUCCAGCUGCUCACUGCCAGCGAAGCGCAGCUCGGUUCCGACGUCAUCUUAUAGUGCCUUGCGGGCGUUCUCCGUCGAGGGACUCGCCCGCGUGGAUUUAGAUGAUCGCAUCGAGCUCCCGUCACGACAUGCACGCGCGAGCAGGGGCAGGA